CUUGCCUUGAGUGAUGGCGGUGUGGGAUAAGUCCGGGGAACUUGGUGGAACUUUUUCUUAUGGAAUUUUUACAAGGAAAAUGAUAUCGUUUGUGCUUUUUACGUACUUGGGACUUUUAUCCCAUUCUGUGUCAGCCCAGGAGGACCAAUUUAGGGGACGUAGCAGUUGUUAUGACGCUUAUGGUCGGCCGCAAAGGUGUAUGCCUGAGUUUGUUAAUGCUGCCUAUGAUGUGAGUGUAGAGUCAACUAAUACUUGUGGCUUGGACAAAACGGAGGAAUAUUGCUUACAGACCGGAGUCACUGGUGCCACCAAGUCCUGCAACAAUUAUUGUGAUUCCCGUCGCCCAGGAUACAAUCACCCCCCGGAAUUUAUGUCCGAUUUUAAUAAUAAUUACAACUGGACCUGGUGGCAAUCGCAGACGAUGUUGGAAGGCACCCAAUAUCCCAAUCAAGUUAAUCUCACUAUACAUCUUAGAAAAGCUUAUUCUAUAACCUAUGUACGAAUUAGAUUCCAUUCUCCGAGACCAGAGAGUUUUGCUAUCUUCAAGCGAAAUGGAAAUGGACCCUGGAUACCAUAUCAGUUUUACAGUGGUUCUUGUGAAAAAACAUACAAUUUACCUCGUCGUGGAGUUAUAACACGUGAAAAUGAGGCUGUUGCAAUAUGUAACGAUGAAUUUAGUGAUAUUUCUCCGCUUACGGGCGGUAGCGUUGCAUUCAGUACGCUGGAAGGAAGACCCAGUUCCACUUCUUUUGAAGAUAGUCCUGUGUUACAGGACUGGGUAACGGCAACCGAUAUAAAGAUAGUUCUAACACGUAUGAAUACGUUUGGUGAUGAGGUGUUUGGUGAUCCACAAGUUUUAAAAUCGUAUUUCUACGCCAUAUCAGAUUUAUCUAUAGGAGCCAGAUGUCAAUGUAACGGUCAUGCUAACCAAUGUUACACAAUAACAACUCAGGGUUUACAGGAUCAACAGAUCUGUCGAUGUGAACAUAAUACAACAGGACCAAACUGUCAGGAAUGUCUUCCAUUCUUCAAUGAUAGACCGUGGUCCAGAGCUUAUGAAACUGAAGCUAAUGAGUGUAGACCGUGUAACUGUAAUGGAUUAUCCAAUCAGUGUUAUUUUGAUCCUGAACUGUACAGAGCAACAGGUCAUGGUGGCCAUUGUGAGAAUUGUCGCGAUAAUACCGAUGGUGUUAACUGUGAGAAUUGUCGUGUCAAUCAUUAUCGAAGAGUACCAGAAAAUAGAUGUAUAGAUUGUCAGUGUAACGAAGUCGGAUCUGAGAGUAUGCAGUGUAAUGGUAAUGGUCAAUGCCGAUGUAAACCAGGUGUCGCAGGAGAGAAAUGUGAUCGCUGUGAAGCUAAUUUCUACGAGUUUGGUCCUCUAGGAUGCAGAGCAUGUUCCUGUUCUGCAGCUGGUAGUGUAGACGGAGUAUUACGAUGUGAUCCUAGAAACGGGGCCUGUUCCUGUAAGGUCAACGUAGAAGGCCAGAACUGUGAUACAUGUAAACCCGGUUAUUUUGGAUUAAGUGAAGAUAAUCCGUUUGGUUGUUUACAGUGUUUUUGUUAUGGACAGGCGUCUGUUUGUGAUGCUUCACCAUCUUACUUUGCUCGUAGUAUCUUAACAGACUUCGAAACAGGUGAGAUCCUCAUCAGUCAUACACACAACUCGUUACCUUGGUGA